AUGGCUGAUGCUCAGGGUUACGCGCUUCUCUGCCUCGAGAACCCCCUCUUGGAUAUCCAGGGAGAGGGAGACCAAUCGACUCUCGAUAAGUAUGAGGUCAAGGCAAACGAUGCCAUUCUCGCCGAGGAGAAGCAUAUGGGCCUUUAUGAGGACUUGAUGCAGAACCACAACGCAAAGCUCAUCCCUGGAGGAGCUGCUCAGAACACUGCUCGUGGAGCUCAGUAUAUUCUCCCAGAGAACUCUGUCCUCUACAUCGGCUGCGUUGGCAAGGACAAGUAUGCCGAUAUCCUCCGAGAGUCCUGUGCAAAGGCCGGUCUCCGAGUUGAAUACCGUGUGGAUGAUGUUCAGCCCACCGGUCGAUGUGGUGUCAUCAUCACUGGCCACAACAGAUGUUUGGUUACCCAUUUGGCUGCUGCCAAUGAGUACAAGCUUGAUCACCUCAAGCAGCCACAGGUCUGGGACCUCGUUGAGAAGGCUCAGGUCUACUUCGUUGGUGGCUACCAUUUGACCGUCUGUGUCCCAGCUAUUCUCGCCCUUGCUGAGGAGGCUGCUUCCAAGAACAAGACCUUCAUGCUCUCCCUUUCCGCUCCAUUCAUCCCAGCCUUUUUCAAGGAUCAGCUCGCUCAGGUCCUCCCAUACACCGACUUCAUCGUUGGAAACGAGGCUGAGGCCCUCGCCUUCGCUAAGUCCCAGGAAUGGGACACUGAGGACCUUUGUGAAAUCGCCAAAAAGAUGGCCAAGCUUCCAAAGACCAACAGCAAGCGUGCUAGAACUGUCAUUGUCACUCACGGAACCGAGCCAACUAUCUCUGCGGUCUCCAAUGCUGCUGGUGAAGUCACCGUUACCCAGACCCCUAUCCGCAAGAUUCUCAAGGAGGAAAUCUGCGACACUAACGGAGCCGGUGAUGCAUUCGCUGGCGGAUUCUGUGCCGGUGUCGUUCAAGGAAAGUCUGUUCCAGAGUGUGUUGAGAUGGGACACUGGCUCGCCAACUUGAGCAUCCGGGAAUUAGGCCCAUCUUACCCGUUCCCAAAGCAAACCUUCACCCAAUAG